UGCUCCUUUCAGUUUUGGUCCGCCUACGUUCCUUGCGGUGCCGCUCAGUUAAAUGCAGUUCAACUCUCACUGGAACAGAUCGACGUGAUUCGUCGACUCGCCGAAAUGAAUGCUCAACACUUAACCCUGGUUACCUCCGUCAAAGGUCUCAUCGAGGCGCAUAGAGAAGGCAAAAUCGCAAGUCUAAUCGGAGUGGAAGGUGGUCACUCCUUGGGGAAUUCCUUGGGUGUUCUCAGGACGUUUUACGGCCUGGGUGCGCGAUAUCUCACACUGACACAUGCGUGCGAUACCUCCUGGGCAGUCUGUUCUGUUGGCGAGACGAACAACACUCAGGACUCCACGCCGGGCCUCAGCGAAUUUGGGAAAGCAGUUGUCAGGGAAUUGAACAGGCUGGGCAUGUUGGUCGAUCUCUCGCACGUCUCGACAAGAACGAUGAGGGCGGCCCUGCAAACGACGAGGGCGCCGGUAAUCUUCUCGCACAGCGCUGCCAGGGCGCUGUGCAAUUCUACCAGAAACGUGCCGGACGACGUGCUCAGAAAUCUGGCUAAGAAUGGCGGAGUGGCAAUGGUCCCUUUUUAUACCUACUUCAUAACAUGCAACAGCACCGCUACUAUAAAAGACGUUAUUGCACACAUCAAUCAUAUUCGAAAGGUGGCGGGAAUCGAUCAUGUUGGGAUCGGAGCGGGUUUCGACGGGAUAAAUUUCACUCCCACGGGUUUAGAAGACGUCUCGAGGUAUCCGCAACUAUUGGCCACGUUGCUGGAGGAUCCUACAUGGACAGAGGAGGACAUCAAGAAACUAGCUGGCCUCAACUUGCUGAGGGUAUUCGCGAAAGUCGAACAGGUUCGUGACGAGUGGCACAGAGCGGCGGUGUUACCUGUGGAGAAGAUCAGUCCACCGGACAACUCGGCCUGCGUCUAUGGCGCGUCUUGAUCCUCUUUGAGGACAAUUGUGCCGGGAUUUCUUGACUUUGCGCGAUCGCCGAAGAUCCUGCGAGUGCCGUAGUAUUACUGGAGCCUGUAAGGACGCGUGCCCCGAAUCGCCAAAGGAUCGUGCCAUAAGAAGACCCUUCGCCGCGGAUAUCUCCAACGGAAAACGAUCGACCAAUCUACACCGAAAGAACUGCCGACUUCUACUUCAGGGACUCCGUCGCGCCUUAACGAGAGACGAAGAUUCAAGCGCGGGAAUGCGACCGGUCCUUCGCGAAUUAAUGGCGUCGAGGAUCCUUCGGAGACACCUUUGGGACGGCAAGUCCGUUCGCCCGCGACAUCAUUCGGUUAAGAUCUCAAAGGAUCUUAACUUAGCGACCGUAAAUUGCGAUCGCGAUUUUUGAAAAAUAAUUAUCCGCUUCUUGUAAACGCCACUUCAUUUUGUAAUAUUGGACGAGAAUUAGUAACCUCAUAAUGUUAAAGAAAGAUUAAUGAUUGCUUUUAACUGAGUACUUUCUUCCGCUAGUAAAAUAUUCAGCAUAAUUUUGCGAUCAUUUGUCAGACGAAUUUCCGUUCAGACAUCAAACUUGAUUUAAUAAUUUCGGCACUUGUUCAUUAUUUGGCAAUUUGCAGCACGAAAAUUAUGUUGAAACAUGUAUCUUGCACAUCGUGCUGUGUCUACAUAAAAUAAAUAAUAAUAAUUUUAAAAAAACGCAAAAAAUAUGAAAGUUUGAAAAUGCGAAUCGCAGCAAAGCUUGCUCUUUAAAUCUUCAGGAAAAAAAAAUUAAAUUCACGAAAAUAUUUGUUAUAAUAAUUAAUAUAAUUAAUAUUAUGCACUUAAUUCAUUUCGCAAAGGCGAUCAGAAAGAUUCUCGAAGAAAUUUUAUUGAAAGAGAUAAAAGGUCUUAUUCUCAGCGCAUGUUUAUUACCAAUUAUGAUCGCCUGAUUCUCAUAUCAUGCUUCCAGCACGUACAACAUGUUCUUCACAUAUUAAAUUAAUUAAAUACAGAACCAGGCAAUCAUAUUUAGCCUUAAAUGUGCAAGAAUAUGAACAGAUUGCAUAUGACAACUAUACAUGAUUAAUCUUGUAAGAUUUCUGACGUUCAAAGUAAAAGCCGAAAUACGAAAUAAUUGGCAUCGAACACACGAUUAUCAUCUCAGGCGUUACAAGUCGUUCUUUAUACUUUCAAUCAGAGAACGAUCCUAAAUGACGUCACUGUCAUACACCAACCAAAGAGAUAAGUCGAACUUUUAUAAUUUUUAGAUAAAUUAACAAUGAUAUACUAUAUUAAAAUAUCUUGCGUCCUAAGAAAUACUUAACUUCGAUUUCAUAUAACGAGAAUCAUAAAAAUUAAUAGGUAAACGCAGUGAUAUUUACAGAAAAAUUUUUU